UCUCUCUCGGUUUCUUCUGUGUUUCUCUCUCUAUGUGAAUGAUCCCUUCAACUCUAUAAACCCUAAAGAGAGGGAGGGAGGCGAUAUCAAUCAUCAAACGGAUUCUUCUCGUCUUCGGAGAUGUUUUCAAAUUUCAAUUGAAAUUCUUUUUACGACGAGCUUGAUCGACGAGGUCUUUCGGUUUCAAAGAAAUUUGCAGGCACGAGGAUUGGGGCUACUCUGGGGGCAGAGAUGGAUCCUCAGGGGUUGAGGGGAGCUCGGGGGCAUCGACGGAGGAAGGCAACGAUAGAUUUGAAUGUAAUACCAAACGAAACCCGAGACCAAGACGGGAUCUCCAACUCGGGAAAUGCUGGAGGGGUUACUGUUGGUGACAAUCAAGGGGAGUCUGUAUCUGCUCCUCCUACUAUUGAUCUCGAUGCUAUUGAUGAUGAUGUUGUCUUAUCAUCUGCAAGCGCGUUUGCUGAAGCUAAAAACAAAUCAACAGGCGCACGCCGGAGGCCUGUAAUGGUUGAUGUAGAUUCAGGUCAUACGAGUAGAAUACCUGCCAGCAUCAGCAACAAACGGAGAAAGGUUCCGCCUAAUCAACCUGUCAUUGAUUGUGAUCGUGUCAUUAUGCUCACGGUUGAAGCAGAGGAGUCUGUUUCAAAACCCCCACCUCCACGAGAGGAGCCGAAGUUUACGUGCCCAAUUUGUAUGAGUCCAUUUACUCAGGAGACAUCAACAAAGUGUGGUCAUAUUUUUUGCAGUGAAUGUAUAAAGAUGGCAAUAUCUAGCCAAGGUAAAUGCCCUACAUGUAGGAAAAAGGUUACUGCGAAAGAUUUAAUUCGGGUUUUCCUUCCAGCCACCAGAUGAAUGAUACAACUCAAUCACCACACCACCCACCCAUAUGGCCAAUGAUAUACAAUUCCCAGAUUGAUUUUGGAACGAGGGGAUGUCAAAAAUGAGGUGGGCAUUCUGUAUCUGAAUAAUUUCGGAUUUCUGGAAGUGAAGCUGUAGUGUCUGGGGAUUACGGGAUCUAUUUUUUUCAAUUCAAUGGAUAUCACCGUUAUACUAACUUUCUGAACAACUCUCGUUUCCUAGUUACUGUUCUGUGUACCCUUUAGAUUGAUUAAAUCCUCAGGCACGCGGUUCCCCCUUAACCUUCUUUUAGGUGUCAGGGGGGGAAUGAACAUUGAAUGUUAA